AGAGUCACACUCACCAAACAGGCCCCAAAUUCAAACACCAAGCCAAUUCCUUGUCACAGCCCGUAACCAAACAUCAUUCUUAGAUCAUAAUGAUAUGCAAAACAGACUAACAAACAUUUGGGGUGACGAAAAAGCCAUAGCCAAAACGACUUCUGAAAAGAAUGACAAGAGAGAGGAGAUUUAACUUCCAUUCUAAAUGCUCCUCACUGAAGAUAACACACAUUGCCUUUGCUGAUGACAUCAUGAUGUUCUCCAGAGGGGACAAAGAAUCUGUCCAAGUCCUUGCUGAUGCCUUGAAGCACUUUUCCUCUGUCUCUGGCCUCCAUGUCAAUGCACAGAAAUCAAAUAUUUACUUGGCAGGGCAAAUCAAAGGAAACAAGCAGCAUAUCCUCAACUUGGUGAAUUUCCCUGAAGGACUUUUACCAGUUAAAUACCUGGGGUUACCACUCACUUCACAAAGGGCAUCAGAGAGGGACUUUGCACCAUUGAUUGAAACUGUUGAUGAUAAUAUAAGAAGAUGGAACACAAAAACUUUGACCAUUGCUGGAAGAGUUGAACUUAUUAGGAGUGUUAUCCAAGGGAUAGAAGGUUUUUGGCUUCAAGCUUUUCCCAUCCAUAAAUCUGUCCUUAACAGGAUCACCUCCAUCUGCAGAACCUUCCUUUGGGGAAACAAAUUCUACAAAGUGGCUUGGGAUGAUAUUUGCAAACCAAAGGAGGAAGGGGGACUUGGGCUUAGGAACUCAGAAGUCUGGAAUCAAGCACUUAUGGCUAAAAACCUGUGGAACAUUGCUUCAAGAAAAGAAACCCUUUGGGUUCAGUGGGUUCACAGUGUCUACCUUCAGGACAGAGAUAUUUGGGCUUGGAUCCCUAAACAUGGGGAUUCACACUUCUUCAAAAAGCUUGCAGAAGUGAGAAACAAUCUAGCCCAGAAGCUUGGUACUGAUCAGUAUCAAGAAGUGGAUUGGGAUGACCUCCUUGUAGAUGGAGAAUUUUGCACAGCAAAGGUGUAUGAUUUAUUGAGAGUCCAUUUGCCUCCCAAACCCUGCAUGAAAAUGAUUUGGCAAAGCUACAUUCCACCCAGAUUCUCUGUUACAACCUGGCUUGCCAUUAGAAGGAGAUUAUCAACAAAGGUGAAUCUGGGAUUUAUCCCUAUGGAGAAUAGGAAUUGUAGCCUCUGUGGACAAGAACUUGAGACCACUGAUCACCUUUUCUUUGCUUGCACUGCCUCCCAUCAGAUUUGGAAGAAUGUGAAAGAUUGGCUCAAAAUUCCUUAUGCACUCUCAACUAUUGAAAGAGUCAUCAAAUGGCUUCUUGGAAGGCAUAGAGUGCAUGGCAACCUGAGAAAUAUUUGGAGAUUAGCAGCAUUGAGCACCAUACAUCAUAUUUGGAAGUUGAGAAAUGCUGUGUACUUUGAGGGUAAGAGUGUGGACUGUGAUGCAACUACUUGGAAAAUUAAGGUGGGGGUUUAUAAGAUUUGCUACAGGCUUUAUCCCAAUAUUGUACUGGGGGUGUUUUCCCUUGGUGGCUGGUGGCUUGGAUACUCAACAUUCUCUGCCCUUAGCACUAACUGGAAUGAUUUGGCUACUGUUUCAUUGCUUUUUCUGAUGAUUGGUUACCUGUUUGCAAUGGUUGUCCAAUGCCUCACAACACAAAAGGAGUUUGUCCUAUCCUUCAUUUAUGGCCUGUACACUGUUACCAAAAGAAGGGAGCUGUGGCAUGACUUGUCUUCUUUAGCACAGAAUAUUACCAUACCCUGGGCAUUGCUUGGGGAUUUUAACUGUGUUUUGGCUAGCAAUGAGAGGGUGAACUGUAUGAGCCAGGGAGCAUACUAUAUGACUGAUCUGCAAGCCUUCAAGUCUUCUAACUGCUUAGAAGAUGUUCCUUCUACUGGAAAUUUCUUCACUUGGCAUAAAGGGAACAAGCUUGCUAAACUGGAUAGAGUCCUUGCUAACCAAUCCUGGGGAGACNCCUUCUGUGGACAUGGGUUGGAAGAUGUGGACCACCUGUUCUUUAGCUGCCAGUUCUCUAAAGAAGUUUGGGACAAUAUCAAGACUUGGCUAGGUAUGGAAGGACACCUGAGUACCCUCACCAGAACCAUCAGAUGGCUGAAGGCUUUUAGGCGAGGGGAUGGGAUCCUCAAGAAGGCGAGAAGGAUUGCUUUUGCUUGCACUGUUUUCCACCUCUGGAAGCUACGUAAUGCUGCCCACUUUGAGCGCGAACCUCUCUCCAUUCAGGUUGUGACUUCUAAAAUCAAGCUCGGCCGCGACAUGAACAGUAGCCGCGAGGGGGGUUUUCACGAUUUCUCCAUCGAUUUGAGCUUUUAGCUUCAGAUUUUUGGAACUCUAGGAGCGCCUUCUGCUGGUGAUUCCGGAUUAGAGCUUGUUUUGUUGAUUUUGGAGCUGAAUUUUGAGGAAACGAAGGUCAACGCCUGCGAAAUUACUGUUCACUCGCAAUUUUGAUCCUUUGAUUCGUGGCGACUGAAUCACUUUUGAUGGCUAUUCAUUUGAUAUCCUGGGUGUUCUUUCAUCCCCUAUCGAGGUAUAUUAGUGGCUUCCACAAUCGUUUGCUUUUCAUUGGAUUUUUGGAACUUUGAAAUUCGAUUUACACUGUUCAUUCAGCGAUAAUGGUGGGCGAUUGUCACUGGUUUCUGGGUCCAGUCUUUGUGGUCUUUUUGAAUGUUCAGCACUUGUUUUAUUUGGCUUUGAAACCUUCAUUGCCUUGGUAUUUUCGUGUCUGUUUACCACUGGGUAUAUUCAAACCUGGGUGUUCUGGGUUUCGGUUUUUGUUCCUGGUAAUGGUGAAAUGCUGGCCAGUUUGUGUAUUACUGUGUUGAACCUGUUCCUUUUUGGUGACUUCAAAUGCUUGUUUGUACUUUGGCCUUGAUUGGAAUUUGUUGCUGGUUUGCCACUGAGGUGUGAGGGCUGGGAAGAUGGUUUGCCAAUGAUUCUCACCUCCUCUUGAAUAAGGUGCCUCGAUGUUGGAACAUCUACCCUGGUAUAAUGGUCUUCGUGAAAGUUCGACCUUUCCCUCAACCUCCUUAACACUCAACUUUGUCAUACUUUACCUCAUUUGCAUGAGGUAAGGACUGAUUUGAACCCUUGACAUUUGUUGUUUGUGUGGAAGUUGAUGUUGGGAGGGAGCUAGUAACCUUGUGCCUUGUUUAUGCCUUGGGUAUGAUUGUGCCUGCUCGAAGGACUGCCUGUUCAACCUGGCUAUGGACUUUCCUGUGAUUAUGGAUGCUGGCUUGACAGUGGCUUUCCUGCUGCCUUGGCCUGGGCAGUAAGGCAGUAACGAAACAGCAUUCCCCUGCAAUUUGGAUCUAUUUUGUUUAUGGGCUGAAAAUGGUGGAGCUGCUGAUUUUGGUUCGUACCAAUUAUGGGGGAGCUGCUGAUUCUGGGUUGUUGAUGACUGACUUUGGGCUGUGAAGGACUGAAUUUGUUAUUUGCUGUUGGGAGAAGUUGUGAAGGACGGUUGGUCCAUACUCACUUGUUCUUGGAGCCUUGGGGUCCCCCUUUCUGUGGCUCCCUACUGCUUAGGGGAUUCUUAGGGCAACCUGUCCUUGCUUUUGGAUCAUGCCUGUUUUUUGGUGUCCGCGGUGCUUUAGUGAUGCUGUUGCUGAUGGGGUAGUUUUGGUUUGCAUGAUGGAGGAUCUCGCUGGUUCUUGUUCUCUUGUUGUGGACAUCCUAGCGAUACUCUUACCCGGUCAGUUGGAGGAUGAUUGCCAAUCAUUUUAUGCCGUCUUGAAUGGUCAGAGCUUUCUCUGGUGAUCUUGGCACUUUGUUGUCUUCCUUGACGAGGGUGGACGACAUCGUGAACUCAGAACUUAGGCCUUAUCGUCCCAGUUUCACUAGGACAACAGAUGGGGGAUGUUGAUCGUAGUGUGGACAAUGGAGCAUGCCCGGCCAUGGAGCUCUUUUGACUUGCUUUGGACUCGACUAUACAACAAUUGGGCAGCACGUUGUGGACUCAGCUGGAUUGGGUGUAGAGCUUGUGUUGGCCUGUAUCUUGGAGCGGGCACUCAAAGUUCUACCUUUCACUUUUGCCAAUGCACGUUGGACUUGCGAGAAAGAUGAGGACGGGAAAUCAAGAUGUGGAUUACUUUCUUUUUUGUUUUGGCCUGCGUGCCAUUUGGCAGUUUGUUGCCUACAUUUGAUCUUCAAUUGUGUUUCGUGUUUGAGGGUGUGGAUGUAUUUUAUUUAGAAUUUGUGAUUAGUGCUUGCAACCGUGUUGUGGUUGGCACUAGAAUUGUUGUACCUUUCUGAUUUGGGUAAUAAUAAUUUACAUGUUACCCG